AUGAUUGGUGCAAAUCUACGAUUUGGCAUUGGAGCGUCCGGUAACGUGACAUCCAAUUCCACCAAAGUAUUCCAGUGUCAUCCAGGUGGAGUAACGGAAGCAACGGUGAUAUUCAGUCUAGGUGCCCUUGGAAUGGGUGCCAAUAUAAUCCUAAUGAUUCUCAUUUUAACAAAACGACAUCUUAGAAGGUGGUCGCAAGGGUUAUUGUUUCAUCAGGCAAUGGUGGACUGUGCUCGAGCUGCUAUAUUAUUACCACUGGGCUCUAGUAUACUGAACUGUCAGCCAGUGCACAAAUGUUCACUUGUUGAGACAGCUUUUCUACUGUUGGUGACAGUGUCCACUGUCAAUAUGUUGACAACAGUGCUCAAUGACAGUCCAGUAUUUCCGGAGAGCGACGAAGAGGCUGAUCUUACAGCUCCGUUGUUGAUGGAUUCACCUCAGUGCGUUCUAUUUGGCACUUUCAUGAUAUGGUUCGCCAGUAUCACGAUAAACCUCGGGCCAACAUUCCUCAGUGGUGCACUAGCAGCAAAUACUGAGUCUGGUCACAAUGCACCAAGUUGCCCUCUUGUUCAUGGACCAUUCAGACAUUAUAUACUUAAUGUCCUUUGGAUUGUUAUUAACGUGAUAUGCGUCUCACUGACGCUAUUUCAUCUGAGAAAAUUACACCGGGAUUUAACCAAAGCCAAUGUCGAAGCGGUUCGUGUAGCAGGGCUUGUCACAACGCUUGUCAACGUGACGGGCGGUGGCCACAGUAGUGCAAAUCCAGCCGCAGAUGGUGGAACGACAGACCAAAGGAAUGGCACAACGCCGAAGCGGAGCGGUGCGCUGGAGGAGCACCGGAAAAUGAGAAAUUACUUGAGAAGGAUGGAGCGUGAGGGUGUGCAGAGGGUGAAGAUGUUCCUGGUCAUUACUGCCGCCUAUGUUAUUUUCUGGGGGCCACUUUUUUUCGUGACUCUGGUACAUCAUCCGGUGAUUGGAAAUACCACUGGCUACGAGGUGACCCUGCACAUCGCCUACAUCCAUGCAUUCGUGAAUCCCGCUCUAUUUUUAACCCUUCAUCGAGGUCUCCGCCAAGGGAUUUCAGAUGUUUGCUGUGGCUGUUGCGAGAGCAUAGCCCGAUGGAUCCUUGGAUCAACAACAAACAGUCCUAUGCAAUCGGUACAGCCCCCCAGAUACGAGCCACCACUGAACGUUCCCUCGCCACCAGCCCCACCCCUACCCACAGCAGUAUCAGCCUGUGAUCUCAGUGACAUUGCCCAGCUAAAACCUCCCUUACCACCAGCCGCUAAAUACCUUCCGGUAAGUGUGACACCGGACCCCUGGAGUAUCGUUAUACCACGGCCUAAGAGUAUCUCAAGCUUGUACGAAGAGAAAUUAUCAAGACGACCGAGCUUAUUGCUUCCAGCCCCACCAAGCAUGAGUGACGCAAAUACUGCUGUCAGUCCGACGAGUAGUGACAUGCUUAGUGAAUAAUUUUUCGGUUUAUUAAAUAUUCGAGUGGAAUUCAUGGAGUUUUUACAUCCUAUAAGUUUGUUUUAUGGGAGAAUAAACCGGUGGAAAGAUUCACGUCGCAAUCUCACGAUCUAUGAGACGAAAUAAUGUCAAGGAUGUGGUACUCUAGUAGAGUAGAAAGAUGAGAUGAAUUUGCAAAUAUCCCUGAUCGUCGUAGAUAUAGAGGACAAUUUCAGAUCUUUUAUGUAGGCCAUACAUUUUUUUUAGAAAAAAAAAACCCUAGAGAAUUUCUGCAGACCUCUUCUUUCCCAAGGUAUACACGUGUGCCAAACAAUCACAUUCGAAAUGGUUUUGUAAUGAAUUUCAUUGCCAAAUAUAGUGAAAUGAAGAAUUGAA